UGGGCGAUGGAAAACCUGAGGACGGCGGCUGACUUAUAUAUGCAAGCGGAGAGGUCUCGGGGUGGAGCGGACUCAAGGCGGCAGCUCGAAUUCAACUCGGACACGGCAGCGGCGAUGAGUCCUGCUCGGAGACGACGGCGCGGGUGCAUUCUGGCUGGGCUGGCGCGGCUGCUUGCCUAAACACACCCUAAUCCGUCGGGCAAACGGCUACAUCGCCGCAGCGCGGGGCCAGCCCUAACCCAACCCACGCGGCUUUUGUUUCCUUUCGUUUCGACCCGCUCCUACCGGCUGCCAGUGCCAGCUCUUCCCAAUAAUACUGUAUCUCCAUCUGCCUGUCCGUCUAUAUAACGGCCGGUCCGCGUCCGCCCACCAAACGUGCCGCCUCCGCCUCCCCAAAACCGAAGCCUCCGCCGCCGCGAUGAGCUACUACGGUCAGCAGCAGCAGCCCGUCGGCGUGCCUCCCCCGCAAGGGUACCCUGGGAAGGACGCGUACCCGCCGCCGGGCUACCCGCCGCAGGGGUACCCUCCGCCGGUGCAGGGGUACCCGCCACAGGGAUACCCACCACAGGGGUACCCUCCGCAGCAGGGCUACCCGCCGCCGUACGCGCAGCCGCCGCCACCGCCGCCCCGGCAGCAGCAGAGCGGCGGGCCCUCCUUCAUGGAGGGAUGAAUUCUUCGUUCCUGUUUCAACAGCUUGGCUGCCCUUUGCUGCUGCUGCCUGUUGGAAGCCUGCUUCUAAGUUCUAAGAUACAAAACUUAUUCGGGAACUCCUGCCGGAACUUGAUAUAAAUGGGAUUGGCUUGCUAAAUUGCUACCUAGUGAAGAUUACAAGAAUUCUUAUGCAAUUCACAUCUAUACCGCCACUUAUUGUUCUGUUUGUUUGUUGAGAUGAUUGGUGUACUUAGCAGUCUCAUGAAGUUUAUGUUUCCAAUGGAAUACAUGGAUUCUUUGGUCGA